AUGGCCACCGAGGCGUCCAAAUACUACGAGCUGUACCGCCGAAGCAGUGUCGGCGGCGCCCUCACAGACACGCUGGACACACUGAUCACCGAGCGCCGCAUAGAGCCGCAGCUCGCCAUGAGAAUCCUCGCAAACUUCGACAAGGCUGUUGCCGACGUACUCGCCGAUAAGGUCAAGGCGCGCUUGACAUUCAAGGGACACCUCGAUACCUACCGCUUCUGCGACGACGUCUGGACCUUCAUCAUCAAAGAUAUCAACUUCAAGCUGGACAACAACAGCCAGGUCCACGCCGACCGUGUCAAGAUUGUGAGCUGCAACACGAAGCGUCCCGGCGAAGCAUAG